AAAUAAAAAUCAAGCUAGCCAGCUCGCUGUCUUGUUGGAAGAACCGAAGAACCAUGUCCUCUCCUUCUAAACAGUUAUUGACUCCAUUAUUGCUUCUCUCUCUCCUUUUCCAAAUAAGCGUUUCCUUAGACACCAUAACGCCGGACGAGCCUCUUAAAGACGGUCACAUCCUCGUCUCCCACCGAGAAACGUUUGCACUUGGGUUUUUCAGUCCUGCAAAUUCUAGCCGUCGCUACGUCGGGAUUUGGUAUAACAAAGUGCCACUAAAAACGGUUGUUUGGGUCGCUAACAGAGACGACCCUCUCGACGACACUGCCGGUAUAAUCUCCAUCGACGGUCAUGGAAACCUCGUCAUCACUGAGACGAACCGAAGCAUCCCUAUCUGGUCUACCAACGCCUCUAUUGUCUCCGCGAACCAUUCCAUGGCUAGGCUCUUGGACACCGGGAACCUCGUUUUGGUUCAUCCAGAAACCCAGAGCAAUAUAUGGCAGAGCUUCGACUUUCCGACCGACACUUUGCUUCCGUUUAUGAAAUUCGGGCUCGAUCGCCGUACUGGGCUGAACCGGUUCUUGACAUCUUGGAAGUCCAAAGAUGACCCAGGAACCGGCAACUGCACCUAUGCGAUUGAUCCAACCGGGUAUCCGCAGCUGUUCUUAUACGAGGGUGGGGCUCCUUUGUGGCGGGGCGGAUCAUGGACCGGACAAAGAUGGAGCGGCGUACCCGAAAUGACACGGAAUUACAUCUUCAACAGCAGCUACGUGGAUAAUCAAGAUGAGAUCACCAUUGAAUACGGUGUCACUGUACCUAAUGUUUUCACUAGAAUGAUGGUGGAGGAACCUGGGGUUGUGAAGCGGUCUACUUGGCACGAGACCGGGUGGGUCGGGUUUUGGUCCGCCCCGAAAGAGAAGUGCGAUAACUACCAAGAAUGCGGUCCAAACAGUUACUGUGACCCGAACAACGUGGAAAAGUUUGAGUGCACGUGCUUGCCCGGGUUUGAACCCAAGUCGGCCCGUGAUUGGUUCUUGAGAGAUGGGUCGGGCGGGUGCGUGAGGAAUCAAGGAGAGUUCACGUGCAACAGCGGAGAAGGGUUCGUGAAGCUUGCACGUGUGAAGGUGCCGGAUACCUCAAUAGCACGCGCGGACUUGAGUCUGUCAUUGAAAGAAUGCGAGCAAGAGUGCAUGAAGAAUUGUACUUGUACGGCAUACACAAAUGAAAACGAGACAAAGGGAGGGAUUGGGUGCCUCACAUGGCACGGCAACUUGGAAGACACGAGAGUUUAUUCAAAUGGAGGACAUUAUUUAUAUCUACGCGUGGAUGCAGCUACGUUAGGUGAAUAUGCAAAGAAGAAUGAUCUUCUUCAAAAUAAGGGAAACCUGACGAUUCUUGUAGUUUUUGUUGCAGUAAUGCUCCUUAUUGUGGCUUCCAUUGUGUAUUGGUUCAUAAUGAGGAAGAUAAAGGAGAAAAGACAAAGCAAGUAUACUUUUGGCAUUACCUCCGCUGCAGCAAGCUUUGAAGAAUCUUCAACUAGAAGGGAGCUUGAUGGAAGUACAAUAAAUACAGAUUUACAAUUCUUUGAGCUAAGUAAGAUAGUUGCAGCCACGGAUAACUUCUCUGUUUCUAACAAGCUAGGAGAAGGUGGUUUUGGAUUAGUGUAUAAGGGUUGCUUAUACAAUAGAAAGGAAAUAGCAGUGAAAAGGCUAUCAAAGUACUCAAGACAAGGCAUUGAAGAGUUCAAGAAUGAAGUUGCAAUCAUUGCUAAACUUCAACACAGGAACCUUGUGAGGAUUCUUGGUUAUUGCGUUCAGGGAGAAGAAAAGAUGUUAAUCUAUGAAUACUUGCCAAACAGAAGCUUGGACACUUUCAUUUUUGGUAUCUCUUCUUUUCACAUAUGCUUCUUGAUGUUGCUUCUUCUUGUAGCUUCAGCAUACCUACCAAGCAAAUCAUCUAAAUAUAUGUUAUCUCUUCAUUUAGAUGGAACAAAAAGGUCAUUAUUAGAUUGGGGCAAAUGCUUCGAUAUUAUUUGUGGGAUUGCUCGAGGGAUCUUAUAUCUUCAUCAAGACUCAAGAUUAAGGAUUAUCCACAGAGAUAUAAAGGCCAGCAAUGUUCUACUUGACAAUGCAAUGCAUCCAAAAAUUGCGGAUUUUGGUAUGGCUAUAAUUGUUGAAGGGGAGUCAGGGGACCAAAUUGAAGCAAAUACAAAUCGUGUAGUCGGAACAUAG